CCAGUUGUCUGAGGCCAAGGACAAGUGGCACAUAUUAUUGCACAGUUCUCCAUUGCAGAAGUUUCAUCUAAAGCAUUUCAUGGUAGAUAUAAACUGUGAAAGAUGGGAUAGUGAAUUAAUGUGAUCUGGAAUAAUUUAUACAUUUAUAGCCAAAAUGGACCAGUAUGACCAUAUAAUCUGACCUCUAGGAAAACAGACCCAAGAAGUUCAUAAAAUAAUUCCCAUGUUGUGCUUAAUAACUUGUGGCUGCCUAGAGUCUACCUUUAAAUAAGACAAGCUGGCUUGGUCUAAAAACUUGUAAAAAUGGCGGUUCUAUUACAUCCAUUGUUGGGCUACUUCAAUAUUGGAAUUUUAGAUUCUCUUCCAACGUGUUCCAUGCUAAUUAUUUGUUUUCUUUUCAAGCCAUGCAUCCUUCAUUGCAGUUCAAACUGGGAUCCAGCAUUGAACACUCUUGCUGAAUAAUGACCCUUUUGUUGUGGAGUAGCUUUUCUGUUUUAUACAUUGUUUGGAUUACACUCUGUCCUUGGAUGCCCACACACAGCUCCUUCUGAAGUCAAUGAGGCCCUGUACACACAGCCAGAGGGGCUGUAUGUGUCAGUUCCUCAAGGAUUAUAUCCAAAACAAAUUCAGUGCCCUUUUGAAAGAGCUCUUUAUAAGAUAAUGCAGCUUUACUGCCAAAGGGAUUUUAAUUUUAUAGGAAGACAGUUCUCUUGUUUCACUGUAGAGCUUACUAAUGGCAUGUUCAGUAUUGAGGAAAAACUGGAAAUCUAAGUUUUACAAAGAUGUGGCACACUGGAUAUCAGCACAUUGAAGGCUGGUCUUUUGACAGAAUGGCUGUCUCAGCUUCCUGGCAAACAUCAGUUAUGGCUAAUAUACAACUUAUUAUUUUCAGGCUGUUUGGGCUAUGCCCUAACCACCAAAGGAAACCCUGAAGAUGAAAUUGCUUUCCCACACGUGCACAAUUGUAACCCACUGGGGAGAAUGUGUUAGAAGUCUCUAUCUGUUUUUGUCCAUAGAGGCUGUAAACUAUUCUUGUCCCUGUUUACAGAGCUUUGGCUCAAGCUGUUGUAGUUCAUGUUUCUUGCUCGGGAGGUUCUUGGUUCAGUCCCUGGUGUAUCAGCAAAGAGGGUGAAUUCUAACUUGUCAUGCCAAUGAGACAGCAUAGGAAUUAUUACCUCCUUGCAUGGUGGAUCUAGGAUUUUUGAAAAGGGAGGUUUGAAUACUGUGGUGCAUCAUCACAUAUUACACAACACACAUUUUCCUCCAGUUAAAGAGAAACUAGAAUAUUUAAUAAUAUGGUAGGGGCUCAGUGCUAUCUUUGGCUAUGCCUCAACAUGAGGAUGAUGUCUGCCCUGGAGGGUGGAGGGAGGAAUAUUGGUGACUUUUAAGAUGGCUGAAAAGUCCAAUCUAUGCUCUGAAAGUUUUUCCACAGAUAUGACUGGUGGUACCACGGUGCGGGGAGGCACAGCUGUUGGCCAGGAUGUUGUGCGGUUUGUUUCCUCCUCUGCCAUUUCUCAGAUUCCUGAGCAAUAAGGUUCUAUUCAAAACGGACUGUAGUUUGAUGUGCGGUGCAGCGCCAUUGAGACCUGUUACCAGUCAGCACUUCCCAGUUUGUAAGGUUGAUGAGACCCAUCUUAAGGUAUACUUUCAGGGUGUCCUUGUAGUGCUUCCUCAGUCCUCCAUGGGUCCUCUUACCAUGACAGAGUUGAGAGAAGAGGACUUGCUUUGGGAGACGAGUGUCAGCCAUCCACACACAGUGGCCUGCCCAGCGCAGUUGAUGUUUCAUGAUCUUGGCCUCAAUGCUGGCUACAUUAGCUGCAGAGAGGAUGUUGGCAUUGGUGCAGUGGUCUUCCCAUCUAAUGCAAAGGAUCUUUCUGAGACAAUGCUAGUGGAACCAUUCCAGCUGCUUAAGAUGGCUUUCAUAUGUCACCCAUGUCUCACACCUGUAGAAGAGUGUAUGGAUAAUCAUUGCAUUGUAGACCAGGGUCUUAGUUUCCAUCUGCAGAUCUCAGUUGGCAGAGACAUGGCAAAGCAGCUUUCCAAAGGAUACGCUGACACAGUGAGUCCUAUGUUUGAUUUCUAUAUCAAGAUUUUACUGACUGAGAGAGGUGACUGCCAAGGUAUGGGAAAUGCUUGGCAUUUUCCAAGGAUUCUCCACCAAUGGUAAUUUGUGGGAGGAGUGGGGUAGCUUGUGCUCGGGCAGGCUGAUGGAACACCUUGGUCUUCCUAAAAUGGUGGGCUUGCUGGCAGCAGCCCAGUUGGCCAGCUCGAAAGGGGCUCCGGAUGAUUGGUGGGGCAUUCCCACCAAUUAGGUAAUAGCUGGGAAGAGGCUUGCCCUGCCCCUACCUGGGGGGAGGUGAAGAACACGGACCUGGGUGAGGACUACACCCCCCUCUCCAUGAUUGGUCCACUUGCAAUCCAGGGGUGAAACCUUCAGAGGGGAUAAAAGAGAAGGGUGCCCAGCACAUGGGCAGCUGCAUCCAGGGACAGUGAAGAGGGCAGGUUGGCCAGCAGGGCGGAGCUGUUGUCUUGAAGAGCCUGAAGAACCCCCUUUGCCGGACAGGAAGCAGCAGGUGGCUGUGUUCCCCAGCCCUGCUGUGAGGCAGUGCGGUGAACGGUAGACACUGGGUCUGGGAGUGGACCGAGACCCUGGGAGCUGCUCAAGGUGACUCAGUUCUCCAACCCCUGGCAUGAGGCAAAGCAGUUGGUACAUGGCUGGUGCAUGGAGGGUCCAAGAGCAGACCAAGACCCUGGGAGCUGCAUGAGGCAGCUUGGGUCUCCAAUAUCUGGCAUGCAGCCAGCACUUGGUACAUGAGGGGUCCAGGAAUGGACUGAGAGCCUGGUGCUGCACAAGGUGGCUCGAGUCUCCAACCCCUGGCAUAAAGUAGAACCACUGGUGCACAGAAUGGUGCACAGGGCCCCAAGGGGGCCGGUGUCCAGGAGAGCCCAAGACAGCAGAGCCCCCCUCCCCCCCCCAUCAAGGGAGGAGAUGCUUUGCCUGAAGAGAUGAGGACAGCCUCACUGGGCCUUGGAGUUCUGAGUUGCCAGGGAAGAGGGUUCCCACAGGAGAAGAGGGAUCUCCUACAGUUAGUUGAGGGUUAUCUAGCCUGGGAUUGCAGAGGGCCUGAAGGACGCUAGGGAUCUUUUCCCUCUUUUUAUCUUUAGGCUCCUAUUGCUGUAGGGUAACCUGGGUUAUUCUUCUGGUGUCUGUUUGUGUACCCAAUCCCCUGCUCUCAUAUUUUGUGAACCUGUGCCUUAUAUUUUGUUAAUUUGUGCCUCAUGCUGUGUAGAUUAGUAUUUUAUUAGAGCAUAAGAUUGCAUGAUCUUUUAAGGAGGCUCCUGCCUUGACCUUCCUGAUCCUAACCCAUGUAUAUAGUAUUUGCAGUAACUUGUAUAUGAACUGUCUAUGACUCAUGUUUUAUUUGUAAAUAUGUUUAUAUGAUAACUUUUAUGUACAUAGUUAAGUUUUAUUGAGUGUCCUGGCCUGGCUCUAUAGGGAAAGGAAGGAACUACAUGCAAUAGGCAGUUCAGCUCACCUUUCCUGAUAACAUUCCUUUCAACUGGAGAAGGAAGUACAUAAUUGGGUACUACCUGGGCUACACCAAUAUUAAGGGAGAGUCCCAGACUGUAGUUAGCACCUGAAAAAAGGUUAAGGGUAGACUGCAGAUCGGUCUCAGUGUGCAUGAGGAUAACAUAGUUGUCAGCGUACUGAAGGUUAGUGAUGCCAGUCUUGGUAACUUUUGUUUUGCUUUGAAGGUACUGCACAUUGAAAAGCUGACCAUCCAUUCAAAACUCAAUCCCAAUUCUGGAAGGAAGCUGGUCACGGAUAAGAAUUAAAAUCACAACAAGCUACAUGGAGAAAAGGGUUGGGGUGAUGAUGCAGCCCUGCUUGAAACCAGUACGGAUGGUAAAUGGGUCUGUCUCUGAUUCACUGCAAAAGACUGUUGCAGUCAUCCCUUCACGGAGUAGCUGAUGCUGAUGAACUUCAAUGGACAACCAAACCUAGCCAGCACCUUCCAUAAGGUUUCACGAUUUGAGUUGAAGGCCUUGGUUAGGUCAAUGAAUGCCAUAAACAGCUACUGUUUUUUUUCUCUACAGUUCUCCUAGAUCCGUUGGGUAACAAAAAUCAUGUUGGUGGUACCCACGAUGAUCUAAAGCCACACUAGGAUUCUGGAAGGACAGGCAAGGAGGAGGAGGCAAUUCAGAAGGAUGCGGGGAAGCUGGUGCACAAGUGACAACCACAUGAACUUGACAUGGAGCUCUGACCCCAAUGGCAAGGACACCCAAGACAACCAGAGAUCUUUAUCUUGCUGCAGCCUUCAUCUGCCUUCACAUCCUCAUAGAACCAGAAGGUCCUCAGGGCAGACCCUACCAGAAGUACAAGACUCCAGAUGACAUAUCUCUGAGGGUCACUGAAACACACAAGCCUCUCCACCACCACAAGGUUAUGGUCCAAGGAGAGGAAUAGGGUCUCUUUAUGGAUGGUGGACCGGAGACCUAGAAUCUUGCAUCCUCACUGUUCUAGCAUGCAAAACAACACAUCAUAAGCCUCAGAAGCUGACUUUCUAUUGUGAAGAGCAAACUCCUUGUUCUGAAGUGUAUGGUAGUGGUGCAUUACAUCCAAGUGUUAAACAGAGAUUAUGCUAUGGCUUUAAUCCAGCGGUUUCAUCUGCAUAAGCAAAGCCCUACACUGAGGGAGAACCUUGCUGCAGGGUCUGUGAUCUACUAAAGAGCAGAAACCAUCCCAGAAGGAGAUACUAGAAGUCAGUACUCCCCCAUCCCAGAGCAAGUUUUGUCCAAGACACCACAGACUUGCUAUGGAAACUUAAAAACAUAGACCACCUUCCCAGCAACACACUCCUAGCCACCAUGGACGUUACCAGCCUAUACACCAACAUCCCACACCAGGAUGGCAUCCAUGCCUGCCUUGCAUAUCUACAGGAACAAGAUUACAACCCAGAAUACAGACCCAAAGAUAUCACUGACCUUAUACACUUCACCCUCACACACAACAAUUUCACUUUUAAUAAUCAACACUUCCUCCAGACGAUGGGAACAGCUAUGGGCACUAAAAUGGCCCCACAGUAUGCCAACCUUUUUAUGAGCCACCUGGAAGAAGACUUCCUCAAGAACUGCACCAUCAAACCCUUGCUGUACUUACGAUAUAUCGAUGACAUCUUCAUCAUUUGGAGUGAGAACCAGGAAUCUCUAAUUGAGUUCCACCAGAAAUUCAACAGUCACCAUCCCUCCAUCCGACUUUCUUUAGAAUACUCCAGCACCAACAUCCCCUUUUUAGACACGAUGAUCAGUAUCCAGAAGGGUAAAAUACAGACCACAGUAUACAAGAAACCCACAGACCAACACACAUAUCUGCACAAAACCAGCAAUCACCCGAAACACACCAAAAAAGCUGUGAUAUACAGCCAAGCCAUCAGAUACCACCGCAUCUGUACUGAAGAGAACACCCGGGAUUGCCACCUCACCAAUCUUAAAAAGGCUUUCACCCAGCAAGGACACUCCUCCAGAGAGGUAGAUCACACAUUUGAAAGAGCCACCUGGAUACCACGUGAAGAACUGCUGCAGUACAGAAGAAAAACACCCACAAAUCGCACACCGCUGGUUAUGACCUAUCACCCAUCCCUUGAACCUAUACGGAAAAUCCUCAAAAAAUUGCAACCCAUAUUAGAAAAAGACCCUGUUCUUAAAAAAAUCUUCCCAGAGCCACCCAUCCUAGCCUUCAGACAAGCACCGAACCUCGCCAACCUCAUCACAAGAAGCAAACUUCCUCAGCCCCAGAACACACCAAAAGGAUCCAGACCGUGCCAUGACAAGAAAUGCAAAACCUGCCCCCACAUCUCCACCAUCUCCACUAUUACUACACCCCACAACAGAGCCAUCAGCAUCCCAGGAUCUUACAGCUGCACCUCCAGGAAUGUAGUAUACCUCAUCCAAUGCACCAAAUGCCCUGAUGGAAGAUAUGUAGGAGAGACCAGACAACAACUGCGCACCAGAAUGAACGCACACCGGAAAUCCAUGAAAGACAGAAACACCCAAUUACCGGUGGGGGCACAUUUCUCACAGGAGGGCCACUCUCUCUCCAAUCUCUCAGUCCUGAUCCUCAAGGGAAAUUUACACAACACAUCCCAGAGACGAGCCUAUGAGCUCCAUUUCAUCAACCUGCUGGAUACUAGAGAUCAGGGACUAAACACAGACAUUGGACUUUUGAUACAUUACAAUCUGCCUGGCAACUGACUCCCCAGCCCAGCCGAGCCCCUGGCUUCUUUACUUUUCAUUCCAUCCAGGAUGAGCACGCAGCAACUGCUGCAGCGUCCUUAGCCUGACGAAGGGUUUUUGAACCCGAAAGCUUGCUUAAGAACUAUUCUCCAACCAUUUGGGUUGGUCUAAUAAAAGAUAUCAAAUUCACCCAAGGAACCUUGUCUGCCUAUAUCCUUAGACCAACACGGCUACAACCUAA